UUUCAUGCAUGGUGCAUCAUUUAUCCUUGUUACUCACCGAAUGUUAAACAAGGAUAAAUGAUGCAUUACGCACAUCAUGAGUGAAAUGGAAUGUACCUUAGUAACGGAGCGCCAACUCACUUAUCGUACUGACGUACUAUAUAUAUCGUGAGAUAUCGUGUAUUUGUUAUCAAUGUGGAUUGUACUUUGUUCUCACCUACGCAACGAUUUUAUCGCUUGACUUUUGUGGAUAUUGCAUUCGUACUAUCAUACUACCGCAGUAAGUAUCCAGAUGUCUUUCGCGGGAAAAGUCGUCUUAAUAACAGGGGCCAGUUCAGGAAUAGGUGCUGCAACAGCUGUUCACCUAGCUCAGCUUGGGGCAUCGUUGUCACUAAGCGGACGUAAUAAGAACAAUUUAGAGAAGGUAGCUGAACAGUGUGGACAAUCCAAGUCAUUCAUCGUAACGGGAGAACUAACUAAUGAGAGCGAUGUGAAAAAUAUUAUCGAUUCAACGAUCAAGCAUUAUGGCAAAUUAGAUGUUUUAGUUAACAACGCUGGAAUUUUGGAAAGCGGUAGUAUAGAGACUACAAGCUUGGAACAGUACGACAAGAUUUUCAAUGUGAAUGUUCGCUCCGUAUAUCAAUUAACAACACUGGCAGUGCCACAUUUAAUCAAGACGAAGGGCAGCAUUGUAAAUAUCUCUAGCGUAAAUGGAUUACGAUCUUUCUCGGGUUGUCUGGCAUAUUGCAUGAGUAAGGCAGCCGUGGAUCAAUUUACACGUUGCGUUGCUUUAGAAUUGGCACCAAAACAGGUGCGCGUGAAUGCCGUAAAUCCUGGCGUUAUAAUAACAAACCUGCACGAAAACAGUGGAAUGAACAAAGAUCAGCUUAAAAGCUUUUUCGAGCGCGGUAAAGAAACGCAUGCUCUAGGAAGAACAGGCAACGUUUCGGAAGUCGCAAAGACUAUUGCAUUUCUAGCGAGCGACGAUGCUAGUUUCAUAACAGGAGCAACGUUACCUGUGGAUGGAGGUAGACAUGCCAUGUGUCCUCGCUAAAAAUCUUAAGCCAUCUGUAUAAAUGAUAUACAGUAUAUA